GGAAUACAUUUAGCUGGUUCCCUUCUUAGAGCGGGAAAACAACACUGAGGCAGAGAAGAGAAGAAAGAGACAAACAAUGGCGCCGGUAGUUCAAAGAUCGCAACAGUGGGUCGAGAAAUAUCGGCCGAAGCAAGUGAAGGACGUAGUUCAUCAGGAUGAGGUCGUUCGAGUCCUCACAAACACUCUUGAAACCGCAAAUUGUCCUCACAUGCUAUUUUAUGGUCCUCCUGGGACGGGUAAAACAACAACUGCCCUUGCCAUCGCUCACCAGCUUUAUGGGCCUGAACUUUACAAAGCUAGAGUGCUAGAGCUGAAUGCUAGUGACGAGCGUGGAAUCAAUGUUGUUCGCACAAAGAUAAAGGACUUUGCUUCUGCUGCUGUGUCAACUGGACGUCAAGGUGGUUAUCCUUGCCCUCCUUUUAAGAUAAUUAUCCUGGAUGAAGCUGACUCCAUGACCGAAGAUGCACAGAAUGCUUUGCGGCGAACAAUGGAGACUUAUUCAAAAGUAACACGAUUCUUCUUCAUCUGUAACUACAUUAGCAGGAUCAUAGAACCUCUUGCUUCUAGAUGUGCAAAAUUUAGGUUUAAGACUCUACCGGAAGAGGUAAUGAGCACCCGCAUUAUGCAUAUUUGUUCAGAGGAAGGCCUUAGUCUGGACUCAGAGGCUCUUACAACCUUGAGUUCCAUUUCACAAGGUGAUCUUCGUCGUGCUAUAACAUACUUGCAGGGGGCUGCUAGAUUAUUUGGAUCAACUGUAACUUCCAAGGAUUUAAUUAAUGUUUCAGGGGUAAUUCCUCAAGAGGUAGUUCAGGCUCUUUUGUUAUCUUGUAGAAGUGGUGAUUUUGACUUAGCAAACAAGGAAGUGAAUAACAUAAUUGCAGAAGGAUAUCCUGUUUCUCAGAUGCUUUCUCAGUUAUUCGACGUAAUUGUUGAAGCAGAUGAUCUGUCCGAUGCACAGAAAGCAAAUAUAUGCAAGAAAUUCGGUGAAGCUGACAAGUGUUUGGUUGAUGGAGCAGAUGAGUACAUACAGCUGCUAGGUAUAGCUAGCCAUACAAUGCGGGUAGUCUGCAAUAUGCCACUAGAACUUACAUAUGAGAACUAGGUCAAUUUGCUUUGGAAUCUUUUUUUAACCUUGAAUUAAAUUGUUUCAUUAUCAUGAUAUAUUGAAGUGAUCUUAUGUGACAGAUGAAAAAUGUAACUUUUUAAAAUUACUAUGCUCCUUUUUUUUACAGUUUUUUUUUUAUUGGUA